ACCUGACAACAUUUAUUCCCUAAAUCCCAUCCAAACAUCCGCUUAUCUUCCCGCGCCUCACCUUAGCAGGGACUGCGCCGGCUUUGGGAAUGCCCUGCCUCGACCCCCACGCGUGAACGUGUGGAGAUGAAUCCUCCGAACGCGCCCGGUGACAACCCCGUCCGGACCGGGCCCGCACAUCCGAGCGUUCUGCCGACGUGCGCGGCCGUGGAGCGCGACCCCCGGGCGGCGGAGCGCAGCGUGGACUUCCCGGUGUCAGUGGUCCUUCCGGCCGGCGGCACCGGGGAAAGAACCGGCCUGCAGACACCCAAACAGUUCUGCUCGCUUCUGGGCAGACCGCUGAUAAGCUACACUAUCCAGGCGUUCGAGAGGGUGUCAUGGAUUCACAGCGUUGUGGUGGUUGUUGCCAAAGAGAACAUGGACCGGAUGAUGGACAUCAUCCAGCGCUUCCAGCACAGGAAGGUCCGAGCGGUUCCAGGCGGCUCCACGCGUCACAGAUCGAUAUGCAACGGCGUCCUGGCUCUGGGCGGAGGUGACGGGGAGGAGGAGGGCGAGCGGCCGGUGGCAGAACGACCCAAGGUGGUCAUCAUACACGAUGCUGUGAGGCCCUUUGUGGAGGAGGAGCUUCUGUACAACAUAGCCAUCGCUGCGAAGGAACAAGGGGCAGCGGGAGCCAUCCGGCCUCUUGUUUCAACAGUGAUCGCCACCACAUCCGAGGGCUUCCUGGAUCACUCUCUGGAGCGAGCCAAGUACAGAGCGAGCGAGAUGCCUCAGGGAUUCACAUAUGAUGUCAUCUAUCAAGCUUAUAAGAAGUGCACAGAGUCCGACUUUGAAUUUGGCACCGAGUGUCUUCAUCUGGCUCUGCAGUACUGUGGCACCAACGCCAAGCUCAUCGAGGGUCCACCAGCUCUGUGGAAGGUGACCUACAAACGGGAUUUGGCUGCUGCAGAGUCUAUUAUUAAAGACACUCUGUCCCGGUCCGCCUGCGUUAUCACAGGUGGAUCAGAACCAGCUGCGAUCCUGGCCGAUGCCCUUCACAAGGCCGUCGGACCUCUGGACAUGGAGCUGGGCAUCGUCCCAGAUCUAAUGGGCGUCAACAGCGGGUAUCUGUUUAAGGAGUGGAACUUCAUCCUGAUUUCUGUCAGUCAGUCUGGUCUGUCUGAAGUAAAGACCAUACUCACACAUUUGGAGGCAGUGAAUAGAGCGCUUCUUUAUCCAGUGGUCAUUGUUUGGGUGCAUUUGAACGUUUCCGAUGAGCUGUCCGUCAGCGGCAGGAUGGCAGAGCCAGGGGCCAUCAUGGACCUGGCCUCCGCAGCCAAGCUCCGCAAUAUUCUGGUCUUUGGCAUUCAGCUUCAUCAGUCAAAGGAUGCCGGGCGCUGGGAGAGGUCAGUGCUGAGGGUCGCUGAAGUGGCUUCGGCGCUGAUCCGGGGCCGGAGCACCGCCCUGGUGGGACAGAUCCUGCAGGCCUGAAGGGAAGAAGAGCUCAGCCUGGUUUAAAGGAUGGUGGAGACGGCUUUGAACCUGUGGUUGUGCCAUUUGGACGGGUUUUAAACUGAACAAAGAGAAAGCUGAGAAUGUGAAUUGACUACAUAUGCAUAAUGUGUAACACAUACUGUUUUAUUUAAUAUUAUGUGAACCACUUAAUGAGUUUAUUGACUGAAACACCAAUAUGUGAACUAGUAACUUGUUACUGUCCAUGUCCUGCUUUAAAACUGCUUAUUUAAGCAAUAAAUGAUACUCUGCACAA